GACUAAACCGCCUCUUCUUGCGUCUACCUCGACUCUCCCUCCAAAAUUGAACAUUCUCAUCAUACUCAAACCAUCAACCUAAACUCACUAUGAAAAUGACUUCCACCCUCCACAGAACGACCCUCAACUUUCUGGAAGUCUUUGAAACGCUGAGCUUGGAAAAGUUCCUUUCCGUGCUAACCCCUGACGCGGAAUACAUAAUCGCCCCGGCCUCAUCCUCUAUGCCGGUCCUCAAAGUCGGCGAUAAUUUCGCCGAGCAUGUCAGGGGCCUCAACUCCAUUCUUGACGGAUUCCCGAUGUUCCCGAAGGAGAUCUUGGAGAAUGAAGAGAAAGGACAGGUGACGAUUUGGGCGACUAGUUUGGCGGGGUUCAAGGACGAAGUGAAGGACUCCGGACUGUCGGAAGAGGAAUGGGCUUACAGAGGGGAGUAUAUAAUUAUUGUGACGAUGGAUGAGACUCGGGAGAAGAUUGUGCGAGUCGUGGAGUUCAUGGAUAGCAGGUUGACAGAGAGACUCAAGGUGUUGUUUUCAAGGGCAAAGAAGAAUUUGGAUAAAAUUAAGGCGGAGGAGAAAGAGCAAGUGGGUGACCGUUGA